AUGGCUCUCGCAAAAAUAUCAUUCCCACCUCUUCGGCCCAUGGAGUCACCCUCCGGAAGAGCCGGCUGGGUCAUCAACUCGUUCUGGUCGUAUUCCACCAGACAGUACGGGCGUGACAUGGCCGGGGGGUUGACCAGUGUCAGAUUCCGGGCCUCGAUGAUCUGCAGAAAGAGGUGUCCGACCGGAGACUUUGUGGACGUGGAAGGAUUGGAGAGUUUGACGGGUAUCGUUGUCUUUGAGACCGUGCUGGAGGAUGCAUUGGCGCCCGUUGCUGAGGUCGGGUCAGAUACGGCGGAGGAGGAGGAGGGUGUUGCUGCGGUAGAGCUGCUUGCUGAGGUGUUGCUUUCAGGUUUGGGUGUCUGCAAAGGAUUCUCUUUGGGUGACUUUGGAGAUUUGCUUGAAGACGAAGAUCUCGAGAGACGGGAGCUGAGGGAUAUCCGCACCUUUGAGGAGUCUGAUGCAGACGAGGCACUGGCCGAAGAAGAAGAUGAGGAAGACGAAGAAGAAGAGGAGGACAUGUAG